AUGUCCUUCAAGCAGGUGUUGGGGAAGUACAGAGAAGAUUUUUCCAAGGAGCAGUGUUCGUCCUACUGGUUCUCCAAGAUGAAGCAGAUUCCUCCGGGACAGGCAGCAAGCAAUUCUCUGCCGGGACAGCCGAGAGAUCGUGUGGAGAAGUUCUCGGGCGACCACCUGGAGAUCGUUCGCAGAGAAGAGUCAGAGCGGCUUCUGACGGAGUCCCAAGUGGUCCUCGACAACUGCUGCGCUUUGAGCCAGAGCCUAGGCACGAAGGAACAGAAAGACAUUUUCGAGAGAAGGCAGGAGCGGCUCCAAAAAUGGAAGGAGCGUCUUCAGUCCUACUACAAGAACCCGAAGGUCCAUAAAGACGCGAUGCAAAGGCUGAGGACGAUGUUCCGCCAGCUCAGGCCAUCCGUCAGCGAGGUGCUCGGGAAGUUCGAAGCCCUGGCAAAAAUGAGCGACCACCGGGUGGAGGCCUACGAGAGUGCAGCCCGAGGGUUCCUUGCGGCCGGCGAGUUUCAUAAGGCGGCCGAGGCUUUCUGCAGAGGAGCGGCGAGCUGCAAAGAUGCCCUCGAUGCGGUGGAUGGUGGAUCCAUGGCACAGGAUGGGCUUUGUGCCGAGUUCGCGUACUUGUGGAGUAAGAGUGCUCGUCGGCAGCUUGUUCUGGCCGCGUCCUGCAAGGCCAUCCGCGAGCUUGACACCGCUCAAGCAGAAGAGGCCGUGGUCAAAGCCCGGGAGGCCUUCCAGCUUGCAGGUCACAGUAAGGAAGCCGACGUUUCUUGCCAGCACGCGGUGCGUGUGCGGUCUUCGUCCCUGGUUGCUCCUGCCAAGCCGAGGGUCGACCCAGAUGACAGUGACAGUGAGAAGGAGGGCUUACAAAGUCUUCUUUGUCGAGCGCGAGAGCAGAGAGAGCUGCUGGAGAUCACCGGCGGAGUGGACCAGGAAGUGCGGCUGACGUUUGUGUAUCUUGGUGAUCUCUACGACGUCCGGCCUGAAGCCUGCGACGAUGUCGGCGGAGCGCGACAUGGAGACGUCGUUCUCACCGAGAAAGGACAAGUUGCCACGGUGGUCGGCGUGAAAUCGGACGAGUCUGGGGAGCGUCGCUUGUGGUACCACAUCGAGGGAUCCAGCACAACUGCCGCGGCCGCGGCUGGCGAGCAGCUUCGUUUGGUGAGCCGCAUGACUGUGCCACUUGCGGAAGAUCCGGAUGGGCUUGCUCCCAGCCGCUUGUGCGAGUGGCUGGAGCACAGCUUCAAGUUCAAGCAGAUGCUCCGCAAUCAGCUGGUCCUCGGCCUCUUCGACGCGCGUGGCGAAGCGUGCCUGAAGGUCGACAAAUUCACGCAUGGCCAGGUCAUCGAAAAUGCUUAUGGUGAUUCCUACACCGUGGUCGGUGUUCAGAAAGACUCCGAGGACGGCAGUGUGGGCUUGUGGGCGCAGAAGGAUGGCGAGGAUUUUGCCCGGCUUCUGCCGUGGAAGCCUUCCGAGAUGUGGUGCAGCAAGGGCAGGGUUCAGCUUUUGCCGGUCGAGUGCCUCACGGCCCCCGCGAAGCUAAACAAUAGUUUUACUUAUCCGGCCGGGGAGGAGGAGUCGCGGCCGGAGAUGUUUGAUGUCAGCCUCGCUGAAGUUGGCCACUUCGGGUGCAAGCACGGGGACAUGGUGCUGACCGAGCGAGGUAAGGUGGCCACAGUUAUCGGAGUAAAGGAAUGGGAUGGAGAGCCAUGGCUGUGGUGCCAUGUGGAGGGUAACGAGGGUGCCGCGCCUGUUCGCAAGCAGCAGCUCAGAAAGCUAGAGCAGAUCUGCAGCGUCCCAGCCGGUGGACAUGCAGACGGGCGCUCGCCCAGCGAACAUGCACAUUGGUUGCACGAGACAUUCCGGCACACCUGCAGCCUACACGACCCCGCGAAAUUUGCGCAGUUUGACAUUCGUGAUGAGAUCUGUAAGCUGCUGGGAGGCUUCCGACACGGCGAGAUGGUUUGCACUCCAGAUGGUAAGCGCUUCGUGGCCGUCGGGGUUCACCAAUCGCCGGAGGACGGCUCUGUCGCGCUCUGGUUUCGCCCCGCAAGCUCCAGCGGCGCAGGCGUCUUCCAGCGGCACGACCUGGAGACCCUCAGGCUCUGCGGGACCACGCAUGUACCGGAGGCGCUGCCGGUGGGCGCCUUGGUAAGGCUGUCGCUUCCGGUUCUUGACGAAGACGACCGAGCUGGGCCUCUCAAGGCUCAUGACGUCGCACUGCUGAGGGAGAAUGAUGGCACGGAUCGGCCAUAUCGGGUGUUCCACCGAGGUGUGGAGCACUGGUACAUGGCGGAAUCCCUGGCCCUGGCAGUGGAUGCAUCAGCGGCCCAGCAGUCUCAUCAAGGCAUUCCGCCGAAGGUGCCUGCGGCAGAGCGUCCUUCGCAGACUGCACCGGUUCACACAAAAGCCGAUGCCCGGCUUGCGAACCUCAAGGCGAAGCAGGCGAUGUCAGAAGCCGAGAACCAACGGCUGAAGGCUGAGCUUGCCCAGCUACAAGGAAAGCUAAAGGCAGCCUCCCAGAAGAGCGAAAAGGCGGCACGGGCAAAGCAGCAGCUUGAGAACCAGCUGCGCGCUCUCAAGUCCACGAAGGAGAAGGCGCACGGCGAUCUGGCGCGAGAGAGGGCGUCCCUGUCCCAGAAAGAGGAGCGGAUCCAACAGCAGGCGACGGAAGUUCAAGGCAGGCAAAGUGCGCUGUCCAAAAAAGCCGAAGAGAUCCAAGAGCGAGAGACGGCAUUGGAGGAAAAGAAGCGGAGUUUGGAGGGCGACCUAACCGCCCUAAGACAGCGGCACCGAGACCUUCAGUUACAAAGGAGCCAGCUUGAGGUGGGCUUGGAAGAGCUUGAAAACGAAAGGUCCGUGAAGCAAGAAGCCGUUCAAAAGCUGCAGCAGAGGCAGUCCAAUCUUGAGGAGAUGCUGCGCGAGAAGGAAGUCGUGCUGGCACAGGUGCAAGCACAGGAAGUCCCCACCAUCUAUGGCGAUUAUGAGUUUCUCGGCUGGUCUUGGCACAGAAUGCUAGGAAUAGCUUCUGUAUACUCUUUGGAGUCUGAUAGUGACGAUGGCCUCAGCAAGGAGGUGUGCUUCGGCCAGGAGGACAACCACGCUGCGAUGACCGCGUACCGGGCGGGGCACCCGAGCGUGGUUAUCUCCUCUGGCCGGAAGCUGGAUUUCGAGAGGAGAGUGCAAACGAGCUCGGCAGGCCGAGCGCGCAAGAUCUCGUGCUCCUUUGGAAUUCCACAGCAUUGGUCCAUUACAGACGAGGAGAUGCUGCUCCGACAACGUCGUGCCGCAUCUUCUGCUGGACCCGCGUCAAGCAGCUUUGAAAGCUUCUUCGUGGAGAUCAGGGACAUGAAGAAAUUGAAGCAAUUCAGUGACCUUUUGACAGCGUCGACAGCACGUCACCACAGCAAUCCAAGCCAGCCUUCUGUUUCUGGCUGUAAGACAAGCUUCGAGGUGAAACAAGCUUUUCAGAUUCAGAACUUUCGGCUGCUGCAGAAGUUCAUGGCAUACAUGAAGGAGUUGCAACACAGGCAUGCAGAGCAAAAUGUCGUGUCUGAGCCCAUACAUCCACCGCUUGGUGCGGCAUUGCGUGAUUUCCACUCAUCUACGCAAACUCCUGGGAGUACUGGCUGCAAUGAGUGCCUUCUGUUUCAUGGAACUUCGUUUGACACUGCCAGGAACAUUGCGUGUAAUGGAUUCGAUUUCAGAGUCGCGAAGGACAGUGGGUUCUAUGGCAGGGGGACUUACUUUGCAAGCCAAGCUUGCAAGAGUCACCAGUACACUGGCGGCUACAACUUGUCGCUCAAUUGCAUUAUCAUCUCACGUGUCUGGCUGGGAAACCCACAUUAUCCAACAAGAUGCCGCAAUCGGUUCGAGCGCCCACCCGAUGGAACGGAUUCAGUCAUCGCUCGCCCGGGCCCAAUGGCAGGACACCACAACGAUUCAUGGCAGACGCACAUGGAGUUUGUUGUGUUUGACAAUUCCGCAGCCUAUCCAGAAUACGUCUUACUCUAUGAGUGA